AGAAUUUGCAAAAUUGGAGAACGAUUUUAGACGAUGGCAAAACAUCACCCAGAUUUAAUUUUCUGCAGAAAACAGCCAGGGGUUGCCAUUGGUAGAUUGUGUGAAAAAUGUGAUGGCAAGUGUGUUAUAUGUGACUCCUAUGUCAGACCAUGUACACUGGUGAGGAUUUGUGAUGAGUGUAAUUAUGGCUCAUAUCAGGGAAGAUGUGUAAUAUGUGGAGGUCCUGGAGUUUCUGAUGCUUAUUACUGCAAAGAAUGUACAAUUAUGGAAAAAGAUAGAGAUGGAUGUCCAAAGAUUGUCAAUUUAGGAAGUGCCAAGACAGACUUGUUUUAUGAAAGAAAGAAAUAUGGAUUCAAAAAACGAUAGAAGAGAGAAACAUUAUGAACUACUUCAUCAUUCUGUACAUAUUCAUGAUUUUAUUAGUAAAAUGAUAAAAACUGAAGAAAUUU